GCCCAAAGAUUUUUUUUUGGCUGGAGCACGUGGAUAGUAAAGAGAGUAGGCGCUCGGCGGCUUUAAGAGUUGGAGGGCCUGGAAAAAGUCCGUUCGCCUCCUUGGGCUCGGGGGAAAGCUCAGGUUCGGCAGCGGCAGAGAGCCACGCCCAGCCCGCCGCCGGUGGACCGCCAGCGAGCGGACGCACCAGGAACCCGGCUGGCGGCGCGCACGGGCCGGAGCCUCCACGUGCCCGCGCCGGGGUUUCCGCGUCCUCGGGGAGGGGCCGGAAGAGGAAGUCGUCGCGGCAGUGGCGGCCGCACCAACAGCCGCGGCCACAGGCAAGCCCAGCCGCGCGCCCCAGCCCGGCCGGCCACCGAGGGCAGCGCCGUGGCGGGACCCCGAGUCGGCCAGCACGUAGUAGCGCGGCGGCGCCACCGAGCGCCCUCCAGCCCGAUGGGGCCGCAGCGUCCACUGCCCGCCGCCGCCGCCGCAGCUGCCCUGCUCUGGGGCUUCCUGCUCCCGCUGGUAAAGACACAGUGAAAAGGAGGCCAUCUAUAAGCCAGAAACAAAGCUCUCAUCAGAAACCAGCCAUGCUGGCACCUUUAUCUUGGACUUCUAGUUUCCAGACUCUGAGAAAAUACAUUUCUGUCAGACUGCAGGUAUACUCACCUCUUGAGGAGCUUGCCCGGAGGACCCCAGUAAUGUCUAGAAGACUGACAGCUGCUCAGGAAGCAAUCCUGCAUGCGUCUGGAAAUGGCACCCCUUUACCAUCUAAGGACUACUGCAUACUGUAUAAUCCUCACUGGACAGCUCUUCCACAUACCCUAGAAAAUGCAACUUCCAUUAGUUUGAUGAAUCUGACUGCCACGCCACUGUGCAACCUUUCUGAUAUUCCUCCUAGUGGAAUAAAGAACAAGGCAGUUGUGGUACAGUGGGGAAACUGCCAUUUUCUUGAAAAAGCCAGAAUUGCACAAACAGGAGGUGCUGAAGCAUUGUUGGUUGCCAAUAACAGUGUCCUCUUUCCUCCCUCAGGGAACAAAUCUGAAUUUCAUGAUGUGAAAAUACUGAUUACAUUUAUAAACCGCAAAGACUUUAAGGAUAUGAAGCAGACACUCGGAGAUAACAUUACUGUGAAAAUGUAUAGUCCAUCAUGGCCUAACUUUGACUAUACUAUGGUGGUUAUUUUUGUAAUUGCUGUGUUCACGGUGGCAUUAGGAGGAUACUGGAGUGGACUAAUUGAAUUGGAAAACAUGAAGGCAGUGACAAAUGCCGAAGAUAGAGAAAUGAGGAGAAAGAAGGAAGAAUAUUUAACUUUCAGUCCUCUAACAGUUGUAAUAUUUGUGGUCAUCUGCUGUGUUAUGAUGGUCUUACUUUAUUUCUUCUACAAGUGGUUGGUUUAUGUUAUGAUAACAAUUUUCUGCAUUGCAUCAGCAAUGAGCCUGUACAACUGUCUCGCUGCACUAAUUCAUAAGAUACCUUGUGGACAAUGCACGAUUGUGUGUCGUGGCAAAAGCAUUGAAGUGAGGCGUAUUUUUCUCUCUGGACUAUGCAUAGCAAUAGCUGUUGUUUGGGCCGUAUAUCGGAAUGAAGAUAGGUGGGCUUGGAUUUUACAGGAUGUCUUGGGGAUUGCUUUCUGUCUGAAUUUAAUUAAAACACUGAAGUUACCCAACUUUAAGUCAUGUGUGAUACUUCUAGGUCUUCUGCUCCUCUAUGAUGUAUUUUUUGUUUUCCUAACACCAUUCAUCACAAAGAAUGGUGAGAGCAUCAUGGUUGAACUUGCAGCUGGACCUUUUGGAAAUAAUGAAAAGUUACCAGUAGUCAUCAGGGUACCAAAGCUGGCCUAUUUCUCAGUAAUGAGUGUUUGUCUCAUGCCAGUUUCAGUAUUGGGUUUUGGAGACAUUAUUGUACCAGGCUUAUUGAUUGCAUAUUGUAGAAGAUUUGAUGUUCAGACUGGUUCUUCUUCUAUAUACUAUGUUUCCUCCACAAUUGCCUAUGCUAUUGGCAUGAUACUUACAUUUGUUGUUCUGGUGCUGAUGAAAAAGGGGCAACCUGCUCUCCUCUAUUUAGUACCUUGCACGCUUAUUACUGCCUCCAUUGUUGCAUGGAGGCGUAAGGAAAUGAAAAAGUUCUGGAAGGGCAAUGGCUAUCAGAUGAUGGACCAUCUGGACUAUGCUACAAAUGAAGAAAGUCCUGUAACUGCUAGUGAACAGAUUGCCCAACAGUAAUAUUAUGUGGACCUGCAAUAAUGUGUCAAUUGAUUUUCCUACAAAUAGAGUUCAACUUUUUAAACUGACCUUUGAAUUGACAGUCUGAAAGAAACUUCAGUGAUAUGAUGGCAGAUAUAUAUAUUUUUAAGAGCUGGUACUGACAAUUACAGCAUAAAUAGUUGAAAUACAUUUGCUUUUAACUAUGUUAAAGUUGUGCCUUCACAUUAAAUAAAAGCAUAUAGUCUGUGUAAUUUUCAAGAUGUAUUAUAUACAGUAUAUUUUUCUAAAAAAGAUCUUGACCCACCCUGUACUUUUCUUACUGAAAUCUGUUUCUUUCAAUUCUAAUGAUAGAUAAAAGUAUUUCUGUCAAAGUGAGUUUCAACAGAUUUUACUGUAAAGAAUUAUGCAAAUUUUAUGCUGUAUAGAAGUAACUGUUUAAGACCGUGCAAGAAGGCAGUUCCAACAAUGAAAUUAUGCACACUUUAUCACCACAGAAUUUAGAAAUAUAUAACUUGGGGAUAUAUAUAGAUACAUAUUUUUGUAGCAUAAGUUUAAAAAAAUCUGCCUUUUUGAAACUUGAGAAGCUAGAUUACUAGACUGCAUAUGUAUUAUAUUGAAAUAUUUUUCAAGGUGUAGAGAAACAUAUAGAACUAGUCAUUAAGAGCACACAGAAACUGAAAUCCAGUUUUCAGUGGUCUGCUGUUUCCUUGAAGACGUAACUUAAAUUUCCACACUAACAUUCAAUUUCACUAUGGUAUUUCUGAUCUCUGUUUGGUUCUGUUGAUGUUAGGCUUGGUAGUUUGUACAAGUUACUUAACAAAUUAUGUAUUAAUACAUAUGGUUUGUUGUUUGAGUGAAACAUCCCUGAACCCCCAACACCACUUUUUUCCCCCUGAUUCCCACUCCUUUCCCCAUAGGAAAGCACAGUUAACCUUUUAAUACUUUGGUAGUGGAUGGCUUACUAAUAUAUAAAGUGGAAACAAAAGACAGGAGACUGGGUUUUUCAGUUUAAUUACAAGAGUGAGUAAAUCGUCUUACCUCAAGACACCUGCAUCGUCAUCUGUCAAAUGAGUAGUAGGUUAGACUAAUUAAGCACUCUUGUACCUUUUAACUUGAAAAACACCUUUCUCAUUUGCUAUAAAUCUCAGAUGUGGCCUUGGACAUUAUCCUGGGAGUCAGAUUCUGUCAAAUCUUUCCAUUCUCUUUUUAUUUUCUUUAAGAAAUUCCCAAAUGACAAGUGAUUGCAAAGGCAUCAGGAUUGUACAUUUCUCUGUAAAUAAUGUACAAGAUUAGUGAACAAUAUUUAUGGUCUUUCAUUUAAAGCCAAUUCAACUGCUUAAGACAUAAAACUAAGGCCUUUUUAUGCAGAUCAGACCUUUGAUGUUUGUACUGAAUUUAGCAUUUUAGGAAAUUAGAUGCUUUUGUUUAAUUGUUCACCUUUGCUGAGUAGAUUGCAGAUAGAGAGUCUCCCUUGAGAGGCCCACCUUCUACUUAAGUACCUUUAGGGGUCCUUUGGUUUAUGGCAAGUGACCUGUCUGACAAGUAAGGGUUAAUCUUCAUUUUGCCUGAAUAUCAAGUUUGAAUUUUUUCCAAAGAAUCUAAUUUAUUUGGCAGACUGAAGAACAGAUUAAGUGCCAUCUUAAAGCUCCAACUAUAUUUUCAUUUAUAAUAUCAAUAAAGUAUUUGCCAAAGUAUAGCUUUUCUAGUAAAAUUUUCUGCACUCUCAUCCCAGCUUUAUGACUUCAAAAGCUUCAACCACAUUUUAUUUAGAAUGCUAAAGAAAAUUGUGCAUUAAAAAUCUGAAACCUUAGUUCUUUGAUACAAAUUCUAUUUUAUCCAAGCUCAAGUUGUCAAGGAGGUAAAACUGUUCUACUUUGCUCUUCAAAUCUUAUUAAAUAGAAAUACAAAGUCAAA